GCUCGCGGCUAGGACAUUCAUUCCAACCCAACCCAACCCAACCCAGCACCCACCCACCCAGCCGAACCUUAUCUUCUCCCCCAUCCUUCUCCUCCGGCCACCGCACUCCCGGAGCUGAGCUCCUGCCGCCGCCGCUCACGCUGCAACGCCGGCCGUCGGUGCCCAGAAGAAUCUUGCCGCGGUCUUGUCCUCUCCUACGCAGAAGCGGGCCACCACGGACGUGCGUGCCGUAGCCAUGGCCGCCGCCUGCCGUUUCGCCGCGCCGCUGGGCCUCGCCCCGCUGCCUCGCGGCCGCGCCGUCGCCAAGGGCGUCACUUUCUCGAUAGGCUCCGCCAAGGCCGUGCCACGGGGCGUCGCGGUGAAGGCGGCAAGCGGGACGUCCGGCGGCGAGGAGGCGCCGGAGACCGUCGGCCCCCUCUGCUGCACUGGCGUAGGAAGGCAGAUUAUCAAGAGAGCAGAGGAGGUUUUUCUUUCAACACAAGUAAAAGAAAGUUCCGGUGCCCACUCGGACAAGGAUCUAAAGAGACAUAUGAACUUGCUGCAGCAACUUGGUUUACUUCCUUUUGGUGUUACGACAUGGUUGAGUUUUGCACAGUCAGCACAGUCUAGUGAAGGAGUAAAGUUAAAUAUGGUUUACGAGGUCGGGGAGCUGUUCGAGCUGGGAAUUCAGCUUUCGUAUCUCCUCAUACUACUUGGCCUGCUUGGAACUGGUACAUUUUUUGUGAUCCGUCAGGUUCUUGUCCGCAGAGAGCUUGAUCUUUCCGCGAAAGACUUGCAGGAACAAGUGAGAAGUGGUGAGGGAAGCGCUACUGAACUUUUUGAGCUUGGAGCGGUCAUGCUCCGGCGAAAGUUUUACCCUGCAGCUAUCAAAUAUCUACAGCAAGCAAUCCAAAAAUGGGAUAGAGAUGAGCAAGAUCUCGCACAGGUGUACAAUGCCCUGGGGGUUAGCUACAAGCGAGAGAACAAACUGGACAAGGCAAUCAAGCAAUUCGAGAAGGCUGUGGAGCUCCAACCGGGCUAUGUGACGGCAUGGAACAACCUAGGCGACGCGUAUGAGCAGCAGAAGGACCUCGCGUCAGCGCUCAGGGCGUUCGAAGAGGUGUUACUAUUUGAUCCAAACAACAAGGUGGCAAGGCCACGCCGAGAUGACCUCAAGUCGCGCGUGGGCAUGUACAAGGGGGUGCCAGUGAGGAGUACUGAAAAGCGAUAGCCGCCGGAUUCUUGCAUCAGUUUUGAACAGUAGCAUCUGUAAACAUGAUGAGAAGUUGUAUGUAGCAUAUUGGUGGUUGUAGAAUGUUUGAAUGUUAGAGCAAAAUGUAGAAUUUGCUUUCGAGGUCGGCGCCAAGUCAGUAACAGUAAUUCUCAUGAUACUCUUGCGUUUGCUAGUAUUCGCUGGGCACAUUUGCAGCAUCGAAUAUUUACAACAUGAUAACAAAUCAAUUAUUUCUACCAA